GCCGUGUUUGCCUUGCUCUGCUUCGAGUCUCCCGUCCCGUUGCUUCAGACAACUAUGCUGGCCGCGCAUGGCUCGAGAGGACUAGAGAACGAUGCCGCAGCCAACCAAGCCCGGGGCGCCACCAAGACUGGCGACGCCGGCCAAAGGCAACCAUAAGCUCGGCGCCGGCUUCAGGCUGCUGCAGGCGCCGGCGGUGGUGGCCCUCGCGGCGGCGCUCGCGGUGUCGACGCCUUCUCCGGCGCCUCCGCCGCAGGCGUCGAGCGAGCCGCUGUGCAACCUCCCGCCGACGUUGGACGGCGAGCUGGACGGGCGGCAGGGGGAGAAGAACAGGAUCCGCCACCCCAAGUCGGCCCUGGCGGCGCGGUGCACGUCCAAGUGCGUCAGCACCUGCGUCCUCGGCGGCUAUGGCGCGCCCGGCGUCGGCGGGCCCUUCAACGUCAGGAGACCGCUGGUGGUCUUCAAGGACACUUUCCGCAGCCGGCAAUAUUGCCUGGUCGAGUGCUCGGACAUCUGCAAUCUCAUCAAGGACGGCGAGGAUGAACAGUGAUCGAGAUGGACAGGCACAAGUCAUGCUUGCAUUGCACGGUGUGCUCCGAGUUUGGCCGGCAAUGGAGGUUCCGGCCGGCCGGUUCAUGCGGCAAGACGACCCCCAGCUGCACCAGGCAUUUCAAGGGCAUGCGUGCAGCUCCAUUGCUCAAGGCAGAGUUUCUUUUUAGGUGGAAGAAGAUAGAUUAGAUACUAAACUAGAACCAUACAUUCGUUCUCUGUAACAACUAGCACUCGAUUGAAAAAGAUUCAAGCGAGCUAGCCGGUGAAGUUAUGCUCCAGCAGAAGCAAGCAGCCAUGGUCUUGCUGCAGCAGUCAUCAAA